AUGUUACGUCAAACAAUAAUCAGAUCAAUUAAACCAUCAAUUGCUUUUAAUUCAAACAGAAUUGUCACUAGAAAUUAUGGAAUUGUCGAUGCUGCAACUCAAGCUGUUUUCGGUAAAAAAGGUUUAAAUGAGAAAAAGGAAAAAGAGGGAAGAUUGGAAAGAGAUUUGGAAGAAGCUAACCUUGAUGUAGGCAGAAAAUUGGCCUCAGACAUAGGGGAAGGACAAAAAAUUGCCGGAGAUAUCAAAACAGACGCCAAGGACGCCAAAAGAGAUGUUAAAGAUGGAUUACAUGAUGCCAACAUGUCAGCUGGUAGGGGAUUUGCAGAUGUAUUAGGUGAUGGAGAAGACGUUGCAGCAGAUACAGAGAAACUUGGAGAUAAAAUCAAGUCAGGAUUGGAAGAAGCUAACUUGAAAACUGGAAAAGUAUUAGCAGAUGCUAUAAAUACUGCACAGGAAACCGGGGAUAAAAUUGCAAAAGAUACUCAUGACAUUAUAGAUGGUACUGGAUCAACUACUGAAAAUUUAAAAAAUAAAGCUUAUCAAGCCGCUGAUAGAGUCAACAAAAAGACUGGUGAAGUAUUAGCAGAAGGUGUUGAUAAAACCCAACAAGCAGCAGAUCAAGUUAAUAGAAAGACAGGUGCUGCUAUCGCUGAUGCUACGGAAACUGGUGAAAAAGUUUACAACAACUUAAAAGAUGAAGAACAUACUGAAAGUGAACUUGAAGAAGCUAGAGAAAAAGUAGAAAAGAAUGCUGCUGGUUACAAAGACCUUCAAGAUAAAGGUAAAGAUGUUCCAAAUAUACAAAACAGAACUUCUGAUUUAAUGUAA